AUGGAGAGCACCCUCUCCAAGUCUACUCUUCACACACAUAGAUGUAUGCGUCGCACACCCUUCAACCGUUUGUUCGCCGGAGUUUACACCAUCGCCCUCUUUGCUCUGCUCUACCACCAUGUACUCACACUUCUCCACUCCACCACCUUAGUCUCCUUCUUUAUAUCCAUAUCCAUGUUAAUCUCUGAUAUUCUUCUGGGAUUCAUGUGGUCCGCCUCACAGGCCUUUCGCAUGCGCCCAAUCCAUCGCCAACAAUUCCCUGAAAACCUUGAGAAAGUCGUUGACCGGAAGGAUUUUCCGGCGAUGGACAUCUUUAUAUGCACUGCAGAUCCGUACAAAGAGCCGCCGAUGACCGUCGUCAACACGACCUUGUCGGUGAUGGCUUAUGACUACCCAACGGAGAAGCUUUCAGUGUAUGUAUCAGACGAUGGAGGCUCAGAGCUUACUCUCUUUGCUUUAAUGGAGGCGGCAAAGUUUGGGAAGCACUGGUUACCCUAUUGUCGGCAAAAUAACAUCGUAGAUAGGUGUCCAGAAGCUUAUUUCAGAUCAAACCACCCUCGGAGUUCAGAGAUAGAUAAAAUCAAGAUGAUGUAUGAAAGCAUGAAGAUUGGGGUAGAGACUGUGGUUGGAACAGGUAAAGUCGGCGACCAGCAUGUUAGCAGUGAAGAAGAGCGUGAAGCUUUUAACAAAUGGACACAAGGAUUCACUCGUCAAGACCAUCCCUCCGUAAUCCAGGUUUUGUUAGAGAUGAAAAAAGACAAAGACAACACAGGCCAAUCUAUGCCUAAUCUUAUAUACGUAUCGAGGCAGAAAAGCAAAGCUUCCCCACAUUAUUUUAAGGCUGGCGCCCUCAAUGCCCUGCUCCGAGUAUCUGCCAUCAUGACCAAUUCACCCGUCAUCUUGACUCUGGACUGUGACAUGUACUCCAAUGACAGCCAAACACCUCACCGUGUGUUAUGCUACCUUAUCGGUUCCGCAAGUCGGCCCAACUUGGGGUACAUUCAGUUUCCCCAACGCUUUCAUGGCCUGAACGAAGCCGAUAUCUAUGCAUGCGACCUCAAACGUGAGUUUAAAGUCCAACCAGUUGGAAUGGAUGGGCUCUCCGGGCCUAAUUAUGUUGGAACAGGAUGUUUUUUCCGGCGUCGGGUUUUUUUUGGUGCUCCAUCGUCAUUUCUCCCACCUGAAUUACCUGAACUGAGCCCAGACCACGUCGUGGAAAAGCCCAUCAAGGCCCAACCUAUUUUGGCACUAGCGCAUCUUGUAGCUGGUUGCAAUUUUGAAAACCAGACCAAUUGGGGUUCCAAGAUGGGCUUCAGAUAUGGAUCCUUGGUGGAGGACUACUACACGGGAUAUCGACUGCAAUGCGAGGGUUGGAACUCAGUAUUUUGCCACCCUGAUCGGCCGGCAUUUUUGGGGGAUAUCCCUAUCUCUCUCAAUGAUGUGCUAAGCCAGACCAAGCGGUGGUCCGUCGGCCUCCUUGAGGUAGCCUUCUCCAAGUAUUGCCCCGUAACAUUUGGUGCCCGGGCCAUGGGCCCUCUAAUGGGUCUGUGUUUUGCAUAUUAUGCCUUCUGGCCCAUAUUUUCUAUUCCAAUCACCACUUAUGCAUUCCUCCCUCAGCUGGCUCUCCUCAGUAAUUUCUCGAUAUUUCCUAAGGUCACAGAUCCAUGGUUUGUCUUGUACAUUUUUUUAUUUCUUGGGGCCUAUGCACAAGAUUGCCUUGACUUCAUCUUAGCCGAUAGUACCAUCCAAAGGUGGUGGAGUGAUCAGAGGAUGUGGCUCAUAAGAGGACUCUCAUCUCAGUUGUUUGGAUUAACCGAAUUUGUGACCAAAAGCUUGGGUGUCGCCACACAUGGAUUCAAUGUCACCAGCAAAGUAGUUGACGAUGAGCAGAGCAAAAGGUAUGAUCAAGGGAUUUUUGAGUUUGGUGUUCCGUCGCCCAUGUUUGUUCCUCUAGCAAUGGCAGCGACAAUCAAUUUGAUCGCGUUCGUCAGGGGACUACUUGAAGUUUGCAGUGGUGGAAAUGUAGAUGGAUCGUUAGUGCAAAUGUUUAUAUCUGGUUUUGGGAUAGUGAAUUGCUUUCCAAUUUAUGAAGCCAUGGUCUUGAGGACUGACAAAGGAAGGAUGCCUAUUAAGACCACCAUCAUUUCUAUAUUUCUGUCAUGGGCUCUUUACACCACAACUUCUCUCAUAUUGAAGAUAUGAAAGGGAUUUCACUGUGGUUUAGUAUCAUGGUCAAGAUAUAUAAGUAUUCAAGAUAUAUAAGUAUCAUGGUUUAGAAUUUUUCACUUUCUGUGCUAUUAAGCUUACUUUAGAGUAUACAAUUUGUAGGGCAGGAAGUCUGGCCUGGAUGGUCACCUAGUAACAUGUGCUCAUAGCAUCAUUUGGAAGCCGGGUUUUUUGCUGCAAAUGGAACUCGAACACAAAACAUUCCGGUUUAUAAUUCGCCUCUUCUUGAUUGCGUGGGUUUUCCAAUAUGAAUUUCAUUGCCAAAAAUUGGGUACUAGAGGGAGUACUAGCACAAAAUCACUGGCUUUCACUUGUGGAAGCAUUUGUUUUCUAAUACCAAGAAAAAAGAAAAUAAGGUUUACAUUCUCAUUCUCUCACCAUUUAGCUUUUUAUGAAUUUAGUCAAUGUAUGUGAUUCGAAACUGGCA